CGUUGGCUGCCUGAAGUUGAUGUAGACGUAAAUGUCCACAGGUGGUUCCGGCAGGAUUUGAUGCUCCACAACAUGAUGGCGUAUAGUUAAGUGUCCUUAGUCCUAUAGUUGCCUUCCUAACCUCCCUCCUCCUGCCUUCACAGUGUUAUUGUGCUGGUCCAUCUUCUAUUCUUUUGUGUCGCCGGAGUUUGAGCGUCAUUCACCCUCGUCGGAGCUGAGUUUCACUCUUUGCUUGCAUUGAGCGCUGAAGAAUGUCGGUUUUCCAAGUGCUGCAGUGUGUGUGAACCGUGUAGUAAUCUACCGCAAGCCUACUUGGAUUGCGAGGUUGGUGUGCUUUGUUGCGGAAGGUUGGUUGUGGGCUUGCCGAAGUUGUCACCUUUUGCUUCAGUUCCAUCGUCUUUCCGGCGACGGCUAGGUUUCCUCUCGUUAUACCGGGUUCAUAGGUUGCAUCUCAUUCCUUCAAGUGUAGUGUCGUGCGCGGCCCUGCUUUCGGAGCUCUUCUUCGCCGGAACUCCUGGUGUACGGUAAUCAAACAGCGUGCCGGGUCCUUCCAAGUAGCCGCCGACAACAAAGACCGCUCCGCUAAAAGAGACUGCUUGGAGGAGCACAACAGCAUCAUCUCCGCCGACAUCCAAUACGCGGCCGCCGACACCCGAAACCGGAAAUGAAUACGAAGAAGCCCGUCGGGGCUAAGUGGCUCCUAGGAGAGGAAUAUUAAACAGACGUGGACAUCGAGUAUGGAGGGGCGAAGCUGCGAGGAACAUGGCUUGGGAGUUCCAAUAUCAGACGAUCGGAAUCACAUGGAGGCAGAGCUCGCCCAACACCAUGGCAACACUGGGGAUAAAUGCCGAGGUCCCUUCCCUUAUGGUGUCGCAUGGCAUGACACUUCUCAAUCUGAAGUCCGUGGAGGACGACGUCGUGCCGAACGCUGUUGCAGCCCUCCUUGAGGUAUACCCAGUGAGAGUAGGUGAAGGAGAGGACGACUACAUCGCAGUGGUGUUGGAUGCCAGUUUAUGCCACCACGAGUUGUGCCUUGGAGAGCACGAUAAAGACGUCCAGUUCUCGAACGGGUUCGCAGAAGAACAAGAGGAUGUUCUGGACGCAUUUCUGACGGUGGAGGCGGAACGAGAUAGAGUGAACGCCGCAUACGGUGAGGAGCACAAACCGAAGGCGUCAAGACAGAGUCGCGGGAAAAAGAGCGACGUGGCUGUAGUGACGCAGGACACAGGAUUUACGGGGGGCGUGGACGAAACAGCCGCCAGAGGAGAGUCCUCCCGUCCAAGAAUGAAGAAAAGAAGCAGCGCUGCUAGUGCUGAGCCCGAUAGCUCCAGAUCUCGAUAGGAUCCAAAGAAACUCUCUGUGGCGGAUGCCAUCUUGCAAGCCAACAACCUGACGUCUAAGACAAAGCCUGCAGUCAUCGAGGCCAUGUACAAGUUGCCAGAGGAAGGCCUGGGCGAAUGCUUUCCAUACGGUCAGGACCCUCUACCUUACAAAAUAAGCGCGGAGAGAAUCCAGCUGGUGCCUGACUCUCUCAAGUACUGAGUGUUUGUCAAGAAGAUGAAGGACCAGGUGCAAUUGGAGCGUGAAGCCCUCGGCGUGAUCAGGCGGAAGCUAGAGCUCUACUGCAUUCCUGUGAGCAAGAGGCCAGUGAUGGGUGGAGGACCUCAGGAAGAGGGACCAUCCUUGAUCCUAGACCGUAUGCCAGGGAAAGACGAGAUGUGGCUCGUGGACGACCAACGCGUUCCGUGGUGGCAGACGGAUGUGCACUGGUACGUGGUUGGCGGGCAGCACACAUUCCAAGCAUGCGUCACAAUCGCGGCAAAGGAGGUGCGCGGAUCCAGCAGGCACAAAUUCUACACGGAGUUCGACGUCGUCCCCGUGUACUCAAAGGAUCUGGAGAUGCUGAUCAAAGUGUCAAACGCCCUGAACAUCCAAGUGAAGGACAAGGUUGUCACAGAAAACUUCCGAUCCCAGUUGAAGAAUGCAAGAGCGAAAUGGAUCAAGAAAGGUCGCCCAGCUCCAAAGAAAGGCGGUGCAAAGCACGACGCCGACUUCAAAGUACAUAUAUGAUCUUCUCCCCUGUUUCAAUUCAUUCUGGACUGCGGAAUUGGACUCGUAAAGCUUGCCUUGACUGAGUAUUGGCAGGCCGCCGAUACUCUUCACAAUUCAUACAGGCUUUGGAUAUCGAAGUACAUGUAAGUCACUCUUCAUCGGCGGGCUGCCCAUAAUCUCUGCGCUUGAUUCAGGCUUCUGAAACUGAAGUAUUUGUUAGUUACUCUGUAUCGGCUGGCCGCUGAUACUCUCUGCGCUCCAUGCAGGCUUAUGAAAUUAAAGUAAUUGUAAGACACUCUGUAUAGGCGGGCUGCCGAUAUAGAGUGACCUUCUUGCAGGCUUCUGAAACUGAAGUUAUCCUUCAAAGGAGCGCCAACUACCUGGAGAGUGGUGGAAGAUUUACAUGUUGUUGCAACAUGAUGUGGAACAUGCUAAUGUUGCAAUGCUGGAUGACCCCUUGAGUUUGUCCAAAGCUAUGCGAUUGGAGGAUGCAAGCAAGUGGGAGGCGCCUAUGCUUGAGGAGUAUGGCUUACUCAUGUCCAAUAGAACAUAGUAGUAUGGCUUACUCAUGUCCAAUAGAACAUGGUAGUUGACUCCCUUCAAAAGGUCCGCAAUAACGUUGGAUGCAAGUAGAUGUGGAUGCAAGUAGAUGUUUCGUAGCCAAAGUUGAUUUCAAAGAGAUUUUUGCUCCCAUUAGAAAAUUCAGGACCAUUCGAUGCAUGCUUGCGAUUAGGACGGAGAAAGAUUUAGAGAUCUACUAAAUAAAUGUGAAAACCAAAUUCUUGAAUGGAAAGUUGGAAGACACCUAUAUAGUGCAAUCUAA